AGUGAGGGCAGCCUCCCUGGGACAGGUUCAGGCAGGUCUCCUGCGGCGGCGCGCCGCACUCAUCCACGAUGGCCGCGUGGAGGUCGACGACCGGGAUCGAGUUGUCUGUCAUCAGCUCCGUGGACUGCUCGACCUGGAGCUUCACGAUUUCUUCCACGUGCUGGUUGCAAAAGUGCGGGGUCGUUGUCCCGAAGAGGAGCUUGGUACCGUACUGGGAUCUGAGCUCGACCAAGCGGUCCACAAUCUUCUCCAAAUUCGGCAUAUAUCUCUCCGCAGUGUCCUGCCUCCCGGGAACGUACGUGCCUGCAGUAUUGUGCAGACCCCAAUUGAAAAAUAUGAGAUCGACCCUGGGCAUAAUGUCGGUGCCGUCUGCAGACCUGAGAAAAUGUUCCAGGCAUCGAGCUCCAUAGUUGGUCUCUGAGACUCCAGGACCAGCGGAUUCCGGAGCAUGGGUACCAUGCAGCCGCCGUCUACACCGUCCAGUAGCUGAGCCAACGCCUGCGAGCACCCGAUGGACACGGAGUCGCCCAAGAUCAGGCAGUUCUUCCGCCUCUUGGACAUGGCCAGAGCUGGGCCUGGCGUGCAGAUUCCAAGGCCCAUUGACCUGGCGCCACUGUCCACAGCCACGCACGUUGUACCGAUCAUCUGCCUGUGCCCUGAGUUAGUCAGGGUGGCCUCCUCCUCCAAGCACCUCGUGCCCGCGGGGCAGCAGGAGAACGUGUUGCAGCAGACCCCGUCGCGGAAGGGGCAGCACCCCAUGCCCGUGUUGCUGAACGCGCUCCUGCAACAGGUGGAAUUGCCGUCGCAGGCCGAGGCCGCCGCAGCGGAAGAGCAGCGCCCGCAAGUCUUCCUGCAGCGGGAGUCCAUGUACUCCGGAUCCGACAUGCAUAGGCCUCUUUCCGCCAGGGCAGCGCAGUCUCUGGACUCGUCCCCGCACUUCGCGCGUUGCGAAGCAGCCGAAAGCGAUUCACACCUGCCCCAGUCGUGGACCCUGGCAGCGAGCGCGUCUGCGCAUGCGGGCGCCACCACUAGAGCGAGCGCUCGUAGGACCAUCGGUGGAUACAUCCAUAAAAUGGGUAUACGACGCGCGGAAUAAUCACUGGGAGUGCAGAAGCAAUCGUACGUGAGCCCUGCUGGCUUGGGCA